CUUCCAAUUAGAUUGCACCAUUUCUUCAUUGUUGGUCGAAAAAUGUUCGCGUUACGUGCUGCCGCCAAAGCUGAUAAAAACUUGCUGCCAUUUUUGGGGCAAUUGACUCGCGGUCAUGCCGCUAAGGCAUCUGCCAAGGCGGCCGCUGGGGCCAACGGCAAAAUUGUAGCCGUAAUUGGUGCCGUUGUUGAUGUACAGUUCGACGAGAACCUGCCGCCGAUUUUGAACGCUUUGGAGGUUGACAAUCGUUCUCCACGCUUGGUGUUGGAGGUUGCCCAACAUUUAGGUGAAAACACUGUCCGCACCAUAGCCAUGGAUGGUACCGAGGGCUUGGUUCGUGGACAGAAGGUUCUCGAUACUGGCUAUCCAAUUCGUAUCCCAGUGGGAGCUGAAACUUUGGGACGUAUUAUUAAUGUAAUUGGCGAGCCCAUCGAUGAGCGUGGUCCAAUUCCAACCGAUAAAACAGCUCCAAUUCACGCCGAAGCACCUGAAUUUGUUGAGAUGUCUGUUGAGCAGGAGAUUCUCGUUACUGGUAUCAAAGUUGUGGAUCUUCUAGCCCCUUAUGCCAAGGGUGGCAAGAUUGGUCUUUUUGGCGGUGCCGGUGUUGGCAAGACUGUCUUGAUUAUGGAGCUGAUUAAUAAUGUGGCUAAGGCUCAUGGUGGUUAUUCGGUGUUCGCUGGUGUCGGUGAACGCACACGCGAGGGCAAUGAUUUGUAUAACGAGAUGAUUGAAUCCGGUGUCAUUUCACUUAAGGACAAGACAUCAAAGGUCGCCCUGGUCUACGGCCAGAUGAACGAGCCUCCAGGUGCUCGUGCUCGUGUCGCAUUGACUGGUCUGACCGUGGCCGAAUAUUUCCGUGACCAAGAGGGGCAGGACGUGUUGCUCUUUAUAGACAACAUUUUCCGUUUCACCCAGGCUGGCUCUGAAGUGUCGGCAUUGUUAGGUCGUAUUCCAUCGGCUGUGGGCUAUCAGCCAACUUUGGCCACUGAUAUGGGUUCUAUGCAGGAGCGUAUUACGACUACCAAGAAGGGUUCUAUCACGUCUGUACAGGCUAUUUAUGUGCCGGCUGAUGAUUUAACAGAUCCAGCUCCAGCUACAACUUUCGCUCAUUUGGAUGCGACCACUGUACUGUCGCGUGCCAUUGCCGAGUUGGGAAUUUAUCCUGCUGUAGAUCCUUUGGAUUCUACCUCUCGUAUCAUGGAUCCUAACAUCAUUGGACAGGAGCACUACAACGUCGCUCGAGGUGUUCAAAAAAUCUUGCAGGAUUACAAAUCUCUACAGGAUAUUAUUGCCAUUUUGGGCAUGGAUGAGCUGUCCGAAGAAGACAAACUGACAGUCGCGCGUGCACGCAAGAUUCAACGUUUCUUGUCACAGCCAUUCCAGGUCGCCGAGGUUUUCACUGGCCACGCCGGUAAGCUUGUUCCUCUGGAGCAAACCAUCAAGGGCUUCUCUCAGAUUUUGGCUGGAGAAUACGAUCAUCUACCCGAAGUUGCGUUUUAUAUGGUUGGUCCCAUUGAAGAAGUUGUCGAAAAAGCCGAUCGCCUGGCUAAAGAAGCAGCCUAAACUGUUCACUCGUCAGAUUUAGGGCGUGCGGAUUCGCAUGUUAUAAUGAGUUAAGCUAAAAGUUGUCAGGGCCUCCAACCCAAAUAUAAUCAAUAAAAUGUAUUUAAACAACUCCAAA